AUGAAGGUGGACAGAAGCAAGCUGAAGAAAACGCCGACAGAAGCUCCUGCUGAUUGUAGGAUACUUAUAGAUAAACUGAAAGCAUGCAGUGAUGAUCAACUGCUUGUUGAACUCCAACACAUCAAGACCUGGAAUAUUGGCAAGUGCGAGUUGUACCACUGGGUGGAUCUGCUAGACCGCUUCGAUGGCAUUCUGUGCGAUGCAGGCCAGACAGUGGAGAAUAUGUCAUGGCUGCUGGUGUGUGACCGGCCAGACAACAGCCAGCUCAAAGCCUUGCUUUUGGCAGUGCUUAACUUUACAGCGUUGCUCAUUGAGUACAGCUUCUCCAGGCACCUCUACAGUUCCAUAGAGCACUUAACCACCUUAUUGGCAUCAUGUGACAUGCAAGUUGUCCUGUCUGUGCUGAACCUCCUCUAUGUGUUCAGUAAGCGGUCCAACUACAUUACAAGGCUAGGCUCUGACAAAAGAACCCCUCUCCUGGCACGUCUGCAACAUCUGGCUGAGAGCUGGGGAGGAAAGGAGAAUGGUUUUGGCCUCGCCGAGUGCUGCAGGGAUCUUCUAAUGACUAAGUACCCUCCCAGUGCCACAACACUGCACUUUGAGUUCUAUGCUGAGCCGGGCUCUGAGGUCAAAGUGGAGAGGAAGACGAGCAGCAACACAUUACACUAUAUCCAUAUUGAGCAACUUGACAAGAUUUCAGACAGUCCAUCUGAAAUCAUGGAGUCGCUCACGGUGAUGUACAACAUACCUAAAGACAAGCAGACGCUGCUUUUCACACACAUUCGACUGGCUCAUGGCUUUUCAAAUCACAAGAAGAGACUGCAAGCCGUGCAAGCCAGACUGCACGCCAUCUCAAUACUGGUGUAUUCAAAUGCACUUGGCGAGUCCACGAAUAGCAUUCUAUAUAAUGGCUUGAUAGAGGAGCUGGUGGAUGUCUUGCAGAUUACAGACAAACAACUAGUGGAUAUCAAGGCGGCAUCUCUGCGCACUUUAACAUCCAUUGUCCAUUUGGAGAGAACGCCCAAACUUUCCAACAUCAUUGACUGCACAGGCACUGCCUCCUACCAUGGCUUCUUGCCUGUGUUGGUGCGCAACUGUAUACAAGCAAUGAUCGAUCCUUUGAUGGACCCUUACCCACAUCAGUUUGCCACAGCACUCUUUUCUUUCCUUUAUCAUUUGGCCAGCUAUGAUGCUGGGGGUGAAGCCCUUGUCUCUUGUGGAAUGAUGGAAGCUCUGUUGAAGGUAAUCAAAUUUCUCGGUGAUGAGCAGGAUCAGAUCACUUUUGUAACAAGAGCGGUCCGGGUCGUGGACCUCAUCACCAACCUCGACAUGGCUGCCUUCCAGUCACACAGCGGCCUUUCCAUUUUCAUCUGCAGACUGGAGCAUGAGGUGGACCUGUCAAGGAAAGAGUGCCCGUUCGUCAUUAAGCCAAAGAUCCGAAGGCCAAGGCCUACUGUAGAUGCUGAAGACAUGGACACUUACAUGGAGAGCAUGCAAUGUAUUCCCCAGAGGGCAGCUCUUUUAAAGUCGAUGCUAAAUUUCCUGAAGAAAGCCAUCCAAGACCCUGCCUUUUCUGAUGGCAUCCGCCAUGUAAUGGAUGGAUCCUUGCCUACCUCACUAAAGCACAUCAUCAGUAAUGCAGAAUACUACGGACCCUCACUGUUUCUUCUUGCAACCGAGGUUGUGACGGUGUUUGUGUUCCAAGAGCCAUCUCUGCUUUCCUCCUUGCAGGACAAUGGCCUUACUGAUGUUAUGCUCCAUGCCCUUCUCAUCAAAGAUGUUCCUGCUACACGUGAAGUCUUGGGAUCGCUCCCAAAUGUGUUCAGUGCCUUGUGCCUGAAUGCCAGAGGCCUCCUCUCAUUCGUUCAGUGUCAGCCCUUUGAGCGCCUCUUCAAAGUGCUGUUGUCCCCCGACUAUCUACCUGCCAUGCGACGGCGACGCAGUUCUGACCCAUUGGGGGACACGGCAUCAAAUUUGGGAAGUGCUGUAGAUGAGUUAAUGAGACACCAACCAACUUUAAAGACAGAUGCUACUACUGCAAUCAUUAAGUUACUGGAGGAGAUAUGCAACUUAGGCCGAGCUCCCGAAUAUGUCUGCCAAAAACCAUCUAUCCAGAAAGCUGAUGGUACUGUGGCUGUGCCACCAGCACGCUCUAGCCACGCUGCCGAAGAAGCUUCAAGUGAGGAUGAAGAGGAAGAGGAGGCCCUCCACACAUUUAGCCAGCAGCAGGGGGAAGCAGAGAGCAACAGACAGGUGGUUGGAACUGAGGAGCGGAUACCUAUCCCUUUAAUGGACUACAUUUUAAAUGUGAUGAAGUUCGUAGAAUCCAUACUUAGCAACAACACCACAGAUGACCACUGUCAGGAAUUUGUGAACCAGAAGGGGCUGCUACCUCUGGUCUCUAUUCUGGGGUUGCCCAACCUGCCCAUAGAUUUUCCCACCUCAGCGGCCUGCCAAGCUGUUGCUGGUGUGUGCAAGUCAAUUUUGACACUCUCGCAUGAGCCUAAAGUACUUCAGGAGGGAUUGUGCCAACUGGACACUAUUCUAACAUCGCUGGAGCCCCUACAUCGGCCAAUUGAGGUCCCCGGUGGAUCCGUGCUCUUGAGGGAGUUGGCUAAUGCCGGCCAUGUCACUGACGCCACGUUGUCUGCUCGGGCGACGCCACUGCUACAUGCGCUGACUGCAGCACAUGCCUACAUCCUAAUGUUUGUGCACACUUGCCGUGUAGGACAGAGCGAGAUCAGGGCAAUAUCUGUCAAUCAGUGGGGAUCCCAGUUGGGCUUGAGUGUUCUCAACAAGUUGAGUCAGCUCUACUGUUCACUGGUGUGGGAAAGUACGGUUCUGCUCUCCCUUUGCACGCCUAACAGCCUGCCUCCAGGUUGCGAGUUUGGGCAAGCAGACAUGCAGAAACUCUUACCCAAAGAGGAAAAACCCUCUAAUACGGCAGCAACUACAACAAACCCUGGUCCCAAGAGAGCUGAGUCUGAGGCAGUAGAGUCGACUAGUAGUGGACUGCUGGAAGGCAUGGGUUUAGAUGGCGAUAGCUUGGCUCCCAUGGAGACAGACGAGCCCACCUCAACAGACCCUAAGGCCAAGUCCAAGCUGACCCCAGCAAUGGCCACACGCAUUAAACAAAUUAAACCCCUUCUCUCUGCAUCAUCUCGGCUGGGCAGGGCACUUGCUGAGCUCUUUGGCCUGUUGGUGAAGUUGUGUGUUGGCUCCCCGGUGCGUCAACGCCGCUCCCACCAUGCCACAAGCACAGGCACUACACCCACACCUGCUGCCCGAGCCACUGCCUCUGCACUCACAAAGCUCCUCACCAAAGGACUGAGUUGGCAGCCCCCACCCUAUACACCAACUCCUCGGUUUAGGCUCACUUUCUUCAUCUGCUCUGUUGGCUUUACAUCGCCUAUGUUGUUUGAUGAGAGAAAGUACCCAUACCACCUAAUGCUUCAAAAGUUUUUCUGCUCUGGUGGACACGAUGCCUUAUUUGAGACAUUCAACUGGGCCUUGUCAAUGGGUGGAAAGGUCCCUGUUUCAGAGGGUCUGGAGCAUAUGGAACUACCAGAUGGGACAGGAGAGUUCCUGGAUGCUUGGUUGAUGCUGGUGGAGAAGAUGGUGAAUCCAAGUACUGUGCUGGACUCGCCACAUUCUUUGCCAGCGAAAAUGCCUGGGGUCACGCCAACCACGCCCCAGUUCAGUGCACUUCGGUUUCUCAUCGUUACCCAGAAGGCAGCAUUCAGCUGCAUCCGCAGUCUUUGGAACAGGAAGCCUCUUAAAGUUUAUGGAGGUAGGAUGGCUGAAUCCAUGCUUGCCAUCCUGUGCCACAUCCUGCGGGGAGAGCCAGUCAUCCAGGAGCGCCUGGCCAAGGAGAGAGAGGGUACAGUGCGACCAGAUGAUGAGGGCACUCCUUCUAGACGGGAGCCCCAGGUUAACCAGGCUCAGCUUACGCAGCUGAUAGAUAUGGGUUUCUCAAGAGAACAUGCAAUGGAGGCCCUAGUGAACACCAGUACCAUGGAGCAAGCCACAGAAUAUCUCCUUACACACCCUCCUCCUCACCUUGGGGGAGCAGUAAGGGAUCUUUCCAUGUCCGAAGAGGACCAAAUGAUGCGAGCAAUUGCAAUGUCGCUCGGCCAGGAAGUCAACAUGGAGCAACGUUCUGACUCGCCCGAGGAAGCAGCACGGCGGCGUGAGGAAGAGGACAGGAGAGCUAGGGAACGAGCAGAGGAAGAAGAGGCCCGCUGCUUGGAGCGUUUCAUGGAGGCUGAACCCCUUGAUCCACAAGAGCUGCAUGCCUUCACAGAUGCGAUGCUUCCUGGCUGCUUCCACCUUCUGGAUGAGCUGCCUGACACGGUCUACCGGCUCUGUGACCUGCUUAUGACUGCCAUCAAGAGGAGUGGCCCGGAGUACAGAGACCUCAUCCUUGGCCAGGUUGUCGACCAGGUGUGGGAUGCAGCAGAUGUGCUGAUCAAGGCAGCUGUGCCUCUGACAACCAGUGACACAAAGACUGUGUCUGAAUGGACUAAACAGAUGGCUACACUACCCCAAGCAUCAAAGCUGGCUACUCGAAUUCUGCUGCUCACGUUGCUAUUUGAGGAACUGAAGCUUAUGUGCACCACAGUAGUAGAAAGAAGUGGCAUCCUUGAUUUGCUGAUUAAGCUGCUAGAAGUGGUUCAGCCUUGUUUGCAGGCAGCUAAGGAACAGAAAGACAUACAGACACCAAAGUGGAUUACCCCAGUUCUAUUGAUUAUUGACUUUUAUGAGAAAAUGGCAGUGUCUUCAAAACGCAGAUCACAAAUGAACAAGUAUCUUCAGCCUAAUGGGAAUAACUGGAGAUGGUUUGAUGAUCGCUCAGGCCGUUGGUGCAGUUACAGCGCCUCCAACAACAGCACUAUCGACUCGGCAUGGCGAGCUGGGGAAAGCAGUGUCCGCUUCACAGCUGGACGCAGACGAUAUACUGUUCAAUUUAACAACAUGGUGCAGGUCAAUGAAGAGACGGGGAACCGACGGCCAGUGAUGUUGACUGUUCAAAGAGUUCCACGUUUGCCCAAACCUGCUAAGAGCGGCUGCAUUACAGACACCGAGAGAGAAGAGGGAGAUAAGUGUAAAGCAGAAGAGACGCAGACAGAUAUAGACUCUGUGGCAACAGUAGAAAUGAGUGCCCCCAAGGAUGCUUCCUGUCAGCUUAAGGAUGUAACUUCUGGCCCUACAACUUCCCAAGAAUCUGACUCCAUUCAAGGCUCUAAUGUCGUCGGCUUGAGUGACGACAUGACCACUGUUCUCAUCCGCUCUUGUGUCAGCAUGAUUAGUGUCCCCGUGGACCCGGACACUCUCCAUGCUACACUUAGGCUUUGUUUGCGAUUGACACGAAAUCACCACUAUGCCAUGAUGUUUGCUGAGCUGAAAAGCACUCGAAUGAUUCUUGGGCUGACGCAGACAUCAGGAUUCAAUGGCUUCACUCCUCUUGUUACGCUGCUCUUCAGGCACAUUAUAGAAGAUCCAGCUACUCUUCGUCACACUAUGGAAAAGGUGGUGAGAUCGGCUGUGACAAGUGGAGCAGGCAGCACCACCUCAGGAGUGGUGUCGGGCAGCCUCGGCUCAAGGGAAAUUAAUUAUAUCCUACGCGUCUUGGGCCCCGCUGCCUGCCGUAACCCUGAGUGCUUUGCUGAAACUGCUAGCAAUUGUGUCCGUAUUGCCCUGCCGGCACCCCGUGGAGCUGGCACAGCCUCUGAUGACGAGUUUGAAAAUCUUCGUAUCAAGGGGCCUAAUGCCGUACAACUAGUAAAAACAACUCCACUGAAAUUGUCCCCGUUACCUUCCAUUCCUGACACUAUCAAGGAGGUGAUAUACGACAUGCUCAACGCCUUGGCCGCAUACCAUGCGCCAGAAGAACAAGAACGUGUGGCAGCUGUUCCUGGUGGUCAAGACCUUUGUCAGAUAUUGCAAGAUGUCGGUGAUGACGUUUACCAGCAGUACCGUCUCACACGACAGGGCAGUGACUUUGACUCCCAGUCUGCAUUCCAUAUCAAUACUCAAGUUUUUGCUGCGGAUGGAGCUGUGGCAGAGUCAUCACAAUCUGGCACACCGCAAGGAGAAGCCUCUACGCCUGAGGAAAUGCGAGAGGAAAAGAAAGAGCAAGAGGGAGAUAAGAGUAGCAGCUCAGAGGAGGCUAAAGCUGCGAAGUUAAAGGCAAGCAAACCUUUAAUGCCAACCUCCACCAUCCUGAGACUGCUGGCUGAGCUGGUGCGCUCCUAUGUUGGCAUUGCCACACUAAUUGCCUCUUACUGCUACACUGCAGGACAGUCUGAGCUCAUCAAGGAGGAUUGCAGUGUACUAGCUUUUGUGCUCGACCACUUGCUGCCUCACACUCAGAAUUCAGAGGACAAGGACACCCCAGCCUUGGCCCGUCUUUUCCUUGCCAGCCUUGCAGCUGCUGGCACUGGCACUGAUGCCCAGGUUGCUCUGGUUACUGAGGUGAAGGCUGCUCUUAGUCGGGCUUUAGGAAUGACAGAAGGAGCUGAAAAACAUGCUAGGCUUCAGGCAGUGAUGUGCAUUAUCAGUACCAUCAUGGAAUCAUGUCCCUCGACAUCCAGUUUCUAUAGCACAGCAGCAGCCAAGACGCAACACAAUGGCAUGAAUAAUAUCAUCCGGCUAUUUCUCAAGAAAGGACUGGUCAGUGACUUGGCCCGUGUGCCUCAUAGUUUGGAUUUGUCGAGCCCCAACAUGGCCAACACAGUGAAUGCUGCCCUCAAGCCUCUAGAGACUUUGUCCCGCAUUGUUAACCAGCCCAGCAGUUUGUUUGGGAGUAAAGGAUGCUCUAGCAAGAACAAGACCGAGCAUGACAAUGUGGGGGUCGCUCGGGAUAGCAACAGCAACACUCAAGAUCAAGGUGAAUCUGGCGAGGCAGAGCCAGUGGAGGACAAUCACAGGGUGCAGGGAGCAGACAGUGAUUUGAUGGAUGGAGAAACAGAAGGAGAUACAGUGGUAAUUGCUGGUCAGCCAGAGGUUCUCAGCACACAGGCAAUGCAGGUGGAGAAUGAGUUGGUGGAUUUGAUUGAUGAGCUCCUUGAGAGAGACGGCGGUACUGUCAAUAGUACAAUCAUUGUCGGGCAAAGUGCUGAGGAUGAAUCGCAAGAGGAUGUGCUGAUGGAAGAGGCCCCCUCCAAUAUUAGCCAGGCAUCCACUCUCCAGGCAAACCGAGAAGACUCCAUGAAUAUCCUGGAACCCGAGGAUGAGGAACAUACACAAGAGGAAGACUCCAGUGGCAGCAAUGAUGAUGAUGACAGCCAAGAUGAAGAGGAGGAAGAGGAGGAAGAGGAGGAGGACCCGGAUGAUGAGGAAGGAGAUGAGGAUGAUGAUGAUGAAGGUUCAGAGAUGGAGUUGGAUGAGGAUUUCCCUGACAUCAAUGCUGCUCCUCAUAUCCGCUUUGAGCGAUUCGACAGGGAUGAUGACCUCAUCAUCGAGUUUGACAACAUGUUUUCCAACAGCGCCGACAUUCCUCCUUCCCCAGGCAACAUCCCUAGCUCCCACCCACUCAUGGUGCGCCAUGCUGACCAUGGUUCCCUCACCCUCGGUGUAGCAGGCACAAGCAGCCGUCUAGCACAAGGCAUGGGUCGCAGCCAGCGGACACUUAGGCAGCUCACUGCCAACAGUGGGCACACCAUUCAUGUCCACUAUCCUGGAAACCGCCAGCCGAAUCCUCCACUCAUCCUGCAGCGGUUGUUGGGCCCAAGUGCAGCAGCAGACAUUUUACAACUGUCCAGCUCCCUUCCUCUGCAAUCUCGUGGUCGAGCUCGACUUUUGGUCGGCAAUGAGGAUGUUCACAUCAUUGCACGUUCCGAUGACGAAUUCGAUGACUUUUUCCAUGAGCAGAGCAGCACGGGAGGUCAAGCAGGAACCCUCUCAAGCAUUCCUACUGCCUUAACUAGAUGGACAGAUGAAUGUAAAGUGCUGGAUGCUGAAAGUAUGCACGACUGCGUAGCAGUUGUGAAGGUGCCAAUCCUUCAGCAUCUGGAAGGUUUGCGAGAUGAGGAGUUAGAAGAGCGACGGGAGAAGCGAAGGCGGCAGUUGGCUGAGGAGGAGGAGUUCAAACAAAAUGAGCAAAGGGCCUCUGGAGCAGAACAGACCAGAGAGCAGAGCCUGCAGGGUUCUGGAUUGGUGACAACUAAUGGUGCAGAAAGCAAUGCAGAGGGUGAGCAGUCUCAAGGAGGUGCAGUGCAAUGUCUGGACCCGCCCAGGGUAUCAGAAGGCUUCCUCACUGCGCCCCCUUCUGGAGAGGUUACACCCACCACCCCAGCUCCACAUGAACAGGCCCUAGUUUCCUUGGAAACCGCAAUUAAUCAACAAGUCCACCAACCGAUGGCUGGUCUACUAUUGGCUGAGUCUCACGCCAGCUCAUUGGCCGCGCUGGCAGGGGCGCGCCUUCCGCCUUUGUCUGCAGCUGACAGACUAAACAGUGAAGCAGAAGCAUCUCAGAUGGAAAUGUCUCCAGCACCCACAAUCGGUGAGAGAGGCAGUGGAGGAGAAAGUGGUGAUGGUGGUGGUGGUGGAGGAGCGUUGGAUGAAGGCAGGGAAGCCUCAAGCCCGGAUAUUGCUGAAACUUCAGAACCUACAGUAGUUGGUGUGUCACGACUGGAGGGGUCACCAAUGGAUACCAGCAGUCCAGCAUCUGCCACGCAAGAAGACACAGUUCCCAACCCUGCCCAGACUGCUCUUGUUUCUCAGGAUCUGUCUGGAAGCGUUGAGAGCGGCUUGACUGACAGGCAGACUGAUGCAGAGACUGGCUCAACUUCAGUCUCGUCUGCUACGGAAGCAAUUCUCCGGAGUGACAGUGCUGACAGCCAAUCCCAGGCUAUCCAAGAAGAACCUCUCCCAUCCACAAGCAAUGAAGAAGAGGACCCACUAGCAGGAAUCAGUCUCCCAGAAGGCGUAGACCCAUCUUUUCUGGCAGCUCUUCCUGAGGACAUUCGUAGGGAGGUCCUUCAAAAUCAGUUGGGAAUCCGACCACCAUCCCGCUCAGCUGUUGCUACCACCCUGCCUCCUUCUACUGCACCUGUACUAACAGGACCAGGGGUUACGGAGGUUAGCCCCGAGUUCCUUGCUGCAUUGCCCCCUGCCAUACAAGAGGAGGUCCUUGCCCAGCAACGAGCCGAACAGCAACGCAGGGAGGUUUCCCAACAGCCUACACAGGGCGACACUCCUUUGGACCCAGUUACCUUCAUCCAGACGCUGCCCUCGGAGCUCCGACGUAGUGUGCUGGAGGACAUGGAGGACAGCGUGUUAGCAGUCAUGCCACCCGACAUUGCAGCCGAAGCGGCAGCAUUGCGCCGAGAACAAGAGGCGCGACAGAGGCAGUUGAUGCAUGAGAGGCUCUUUGGUCAUAGCUCAACAUCAGCUCUAUCGGCCAUCUUGCGCUCGCCAGCUUUCACCAGUAGGUUAGGGAGCAAUCGUGGCGUCCAGUACACCCGGCUGGCUGUCCAGAGAGGAGGCACAUUUCAAAUGGGAGGCAGCUCUAACCACAGACCAACGAGUUCGAGUGUGGACUCUUUAUUGCGUCUGCGCGGUCGAUUGUUGCUGGACCACGAGGCCUUGUCCUGUCUGCUGGUGUUGCUGUUUGUGGACGAGCCAAAGCUGAACACCAGCCGACUACACCGUGUGCUCAGGAAUCUUUGCUACCACUCUCAGACUCGUGGGUGGGUCAUUCGUAGCCUCUUGUCCAUCCUCCAGCGCAGCAGUGAGAGCGAGGUCUGCGUGGAGACCACUCGUCUCGAAGAUUCUCGUGGGAAAAGGGGCGCCCAAGGAGGUUGCGGGGGGAAAGUUUCCUCGACUUCCUCCCUCUGUUCUUCGUCCUCGUCGUCGUCCUCUUCGGCUUCUUCCCUCGAGCUUCUGAACAGAGUAGAAUCUCGCAGUUCAAGCCAACUUUCUUGGCUCUCUGUGUCUAUGGAUGCGGCUUUGGGCUGCCGGACUAACAUCUUCCAGAUCCAACGAGUAUCUAGUAGGAAACAUGCUGACCGGCACUCGGCUGCGGGCUCCACUGUACACAUCCACCCGCAAGCUGCUCCUGUGGUGUGUCGACAUGUGUUAGACACACUCAUCCAGCUUGCAAAGGUUUUCCCCAGCCACUUCACUCAGCAGCGUUGUAAAGAUCUGUCCGUGUCAUCCUCUGACUUGGAGGCUCGUCUAUGUUCAAGUUCCUCAGGCGUAGCUGCUUUGGGUGGAGGACCAAGGUCAAGUUCACAGGGUCAGAACAACCCAAACUCCUCCAAUGCUUCCAGUGCACAGAAUGCUUUUGGCUCCUCGGCCAUCACUCCCCAGUCUCUGGGAAUCUCAACUGAUUUUUGGGACCUGCUUGUGAAGCUGGACAACAUGAAUGUCAGUCGCAAAGGAAAAGCCUCAAUGAAGACCGUGCCUUUAGGGGGCAACGCAGAGUCCGAGGGACUCCAGUUAAGCCUGGAGACCUCCCCUCUUGGUCAGUUGAUGAACAUGCUGUCCCAUCCCGUGAUCAGGCGUAGCUCCUUGCUCACUGAAAAGCUGCUACGUCUGCUCUCUCUCAUAUCCAUCGCCCUGCCUGACAAUAAGGCCACAGAGGCACCUGCUGGCCACGCUACUCCGCAGGCGGCCGACCCCAUUAUCAGAUCAGGAUCAAUAGCCCCAGUCAGUACACAGGUUGCGGCAGCAUCAAGCAUCCAGCCCACUGUCGUGGGCACCGUCACCUCGGGGGCAUCUGGGAAUCAGAGCACUUCCUCAGGGACAAGUCUAUUAAUGUUUGCAACGUCCACACCAUUAUCGACAUCCACUGGAACAGUCUUCACAGGUAGAAAAAUAUCAAAGAUACUGUAAGUUAUAAAGCCCUUAAAGGAGAUUAUAAUCAUUUUUAAUUCUGCCAAAACAGCCAAAAAGAGCACUUCGAACAGCACAGAGAAUGACAAUAAGAUUGCUUCCGCUGGACUUACGGAGAAACAACUUCAGCUUUCGGUGGAGGUGUUGACUUCUCAUUCGUGUUCAGAGGAGGGUCUAGAAGACGCAGCUAACAUUUUACUUCAGUUAUCCAGAGGAGAUGGUUCCACCAGAGACACUGUGCUCAGACUGCUGCUCAGUGGUGCAAGACACCUUGGUUAUACCCUUUGCAAACAAAUUGGUACACUACUGGCGGAACUUCGAGAGUAUAACUUAGAGCAGCAGAGGCGAGCACACGCAGAAUCUCAUUCACCCGAUGCACCUCCUGAUGAUACCUCCAUCUCUGCCAGACUGAAGGGCAAAAUGACCAGCAGGUUCGAUGGAGCUGAAAGUGUGGUGAUUGUGGCUGCACAGAAGCGGACGCUUGGCGGACGAGAACUACAACUCCCCUGCAUGAGUUCAUUGACCUCUAAGACAUCGACGCAGAAAUUUUUCCUGCGAGUGCUGCAGGUUAUUAUCCAGCUGCGUGAGGACACGCGACGUGCCAACAAGAAAGCCAAACAGACUGGGCGAAUAGGCUCCUCAAGCCUGGGUUCCGCCAGCAGCAUUCAGGCCGCCGUCCGUCAACUGGAGGCGGAGGCCGAUGCUAUCAUUCAGAUGGUGAGAGAGGGUCAGCGGGCACGAAGGCUCACGCAGACGCCACCGCCCACUGCCGCCUCUGCCGCCGCCGCAGCUCAGAGAGAUGACUCGCCAAUGGAUGUGGACCAGCCAAAAAGCAGUGGUAAAAUUGUUGGAUAUCUUCCAUCAGAUGAAGAAGGAAAUGGGCAGUCCGAGAGUGAGGAAAAACUCCCAGACCUCCCUCUGCUCAGCGAACAGCUCCUGCUGGAUGAGCUGUGGGACAUGCUUGGCGAAUGCUUGAAAGAGUUGGAAGAAUCCCAUGACCAGCAUGCUGUGUUGGUUCUCCAGCCUGCUGUGGAAGCAUUCUUCCUCGUGCACGCAACCGAGCGAGAGAGCAAACCCCCGGUUCGGGACACUCGGGAGAGUCAGCUUUCUCACAUCAAAGAUGAGCCUCCGCCGCUGUCUCCAGCACCGCUGACACCUGCGACACCGUCAUCCCUAGACCCUUUCUUCUCCCGGGAACCCUCCUCCAUGCACAUCUCUUCAAAUCUGCCACCCGACACCCAGAAGUUCCUCAGAUUUGCCGAAACUCACCGCACAGUACUCAAUCAGAUCCUUCGUCAGUCCACCACUCAUUUGGCUGACGGACCCUUUGCAGUUUUGGUUGACUACAUACGCAUCCUGGACUUUGAUGUGAAGAGGAAGUAUUUCCGCCAGGAGCUGGAACGCCUCGAUGAAGGCCUUCGAAAAGAGGACAUGGCCGUGCAUGUGAGAAGAGAUCAUGUGUUUGAAGACUCCUACAGAGAACUACACCGCAAAAGUCCCGAGGACAUGAAGAACAGGCUGUACAUUGUCUUUGAAGGAGAGGAGGGCCAGGAUGCCGGCGGCCUGCUGAGAGAGUGGUACAUGAUCAUCUCCCGCGAGAUGUUCAACCCCAUGUACGCCCUUUUCCGCACGUCGCCCGGAGAUAGGGUCACCUACACCAUCAAUCCCUCGUCCCACUGCAACCCCAACCACCUGAGCUACUUCAAAUUCGUGGGCCGAGUGGUGGCCAAGGCUGUCUACGAUAACCGGUUAUUGGAGUGCUACUUCACUCGCAGCUUUUACAAGCACAUCCUGGGCAAGAGUGUCAGGUACACUGACAUGGAGAGUGAGGACUACCCCUUCUUCCAGGGUUUGGUGUACCUGUUGGAGAAUGAUGUCUCCACCUUGGGCUAUGAGCUCACAUUCAGCACAGAGGUCCAAGAGUUUGGUGUAUGUGAAGUAAGGGACCUCAAGCCAAAUGGUGCAAACAUUCUGGUCACGGAAGAAAACAAAAAAGAAUAUGUGCACCUAGUUUGCCAGAUGAAGAUGACAGGUGCGAUCCGCAAGCAGUUGGCGGCUUUCCUCGAGGGCUUCUAUGAGAUCAUCCCCAAGAGGCUGAUCUCCAUCUUCACUGAGCAGGAGUUAGAGCUGCUCAUCUCUGGCUUGCCCACGAUUGACAUUGAUGACCUCAAGGCCAACACGGAAUACCACAAAUACCAGUCUAGCUCCAUCCAGAUCCAGUGGUUCUGGAGGGCCUUGCGCUCCUUUGACCAAGCGGACCGAGCAAAGUUCUUACAGUUUGUCACCGGUACAUCCAAAGUGCCGCUCCAGGGUUUCGCUGCGCUGGAGGGAAUGAACGGCAUUCAGAAGUUCCAAAUCCACCGUGACGAUCGCUCCACAGACCGCUUGCCCUCUGCUCACACUUGUUUCAACCAGCUGGACCUCCCUGCCUAUGAGAGCUAUGAGAAGUUGAGACAUAUGCUGCUGCUGGCCAUCCAGGAGUGCUCUGAGGGAUUUGGCCUGGCUUAA